CGAAAAUGUGACACCAAUUCAAGUGACUCUUCAUUUCUGUCACUAAUUUGUGUUUUUAAUCACAAUUUAAACGCUAUUUGAAAGACCAUUGAAUUGACGAAAAGACUACAAAUGGAGACGAAAAUGAUUUGAAGGCAUCGGACGAGUGAUGCGAAAGACGAGACCAACAACUCAUUUGGCGUUUACUUUUCAAGUCUUAUGUUUUUCACACCAAUUUCAUAUCACGUGUUGAGUGCCGGAAGCCAUGAAUAAGUUGUUGGCGAAGUCAUUGCCGGCGAUCUGUGUUGUCGUACAACUGCUAUCAAUGGUGUUGUUUGCCUUCAGCUUCUUCAACGCUGAGGAAGUGGUGUUCACCACAAGUCACGCCAAUGGGAUGGACAGCACCGCCAACAGUAAAGCCGCGGACUUCGUGCGCCGCGAAGACAAAUACAAAGCCAUUGAUGGCUACUGUGCGCGACGGGUG